AUGAGGCACUCACUCCCGCUCCGGACCCCACGUCUCUUUUUGCUUGGCCUUACCUGGGCCUUGGGUAUUAUCGGUGCUGCUGCGGGGCUGAACGCAAUUGUCAAGCGAAAUGACCAGGUAUCCUCUAUUAAACAAGCUGUAGCUGCGCUCCGCAUCACGGUGUUUGUUGACACCAAUAACAUUUUGCGUUCGGGCAUAGUCCUCGCUGUCGGUUGCCUCUUGCUCGCUCUCGUUGCCUCAGUUUUCAUCGGGCUCCUUGUCCUUGAUUCGCUCAAACCUUCGAGUGCAAAUCCGAUUUCGACUCGCACACUUGGUGUUCAAACCGGACUCCUAGGGUUCCUUACUGUCUGGAUCUUUGCGUGCCUUGUAGCCGUCACUAAAUUUGCAGCUACUGGAAGUGCUUCAGUAGCUGCAUACACCGGUAGUAUUAGAGUUCCUGAUGCUCUGGUUCACGCAACCGAAUCACAACUUGGAUUUUCCCGCGUGUAUUGGGAUCAACUUUAUGUGAGGAUAUUGACUGUUGCCCCAUGGGUGACCUUCUUAUUCGCCCUCAUCACCACUAUUGUCUCCUUCUCGGCUUCCAGAAGGCGAUCAGCUACUUCUGAGCAGUCAGGAUGGAACGACCGGGAAAAGGGCGAGGCCGAGAUGCGAGAGAACGCUCGUGCUGAGUGA